AUGCCGGACGAAACGGUUAAAGUUAUCGUGCGAUGUCGGCCGAUGAAUUCGAGAGAAAAAUCGCUGAAAUGUGAUGUCAGUGUCGAUGUCCAUUCGGAUAUUGGACAGAUUCAGCUGAAAAAGUCUGCGAAUUCGUCAGAACCGCCAAAAGCCUUCACAUUUGACGGAUCCUACGGAGUCGAUUCGGACACAGCAAAUAUCUACGAGGAUGCCGCUUACAAUUUAGUGGAAGGGGUAAUUGAAGGAUACAAUGGCACUGUGUUUGCUUAUGGCCAGACUGGAUGUGGAAAAUCCUUCACAAUGCAGGGUAUCCAAGCUCAACGAGGCGUGAUUCCACGAGCCUUCCAGCACAUUUUUGAAGCAAUAGCCGUCGCGGAAAACACAAAAUACCUCGUUCGCGCGAGUUAUUUGGAAAUCUACAACGAGGACGUCCGCGAUUUGCUCGGAAAAGACAUCAAAACGAAGCUAGAACUAAAAGAAAAUCCAGACAAAGGAGUUUACAUCAAAGGCCUGUCGAAUUCGAUCGUAAAUACUGUCGAAGAGUGCGAGAAGCUGAUGGAAAAGGGCUGGAACAAUCGAUCAGUCGGGGAGACGCUGAUGAACAAGGACUCCAGUAGAUCUCACAGUAUAUUCACCAUCAACAUCGAAGCAGCAGAGCAAGUCGAAGGGCAGAAGGACAAAAUUCGCGCUGGAAAGCUGAACCUGGUCGAUUUGGCUGGCUCUGAGAGACAAAGCAAAACAGGCGCUACUGGUGCCCGGCUGAAAGAAGCGACGAAGAUUAAUUUAUCGCUCUCAGCUUUGGGAAAUGUUAUUUCAGCGCUGGUCGACGGAAAAUCUAAGCACAUUCCUUACAGAGACUCAAAACUGACCCGUUUGCUGCAGGACUCUCUCGGUGGCAACACGAAAACGCUCAUGAUCGCCUGCAUCUCUCCUGCUGACAACAACUACGACGAGACCUUGUCUACUCUGCGAUACGCCAACAGAGCGAAAAAUAUCAAAAACAAGCCUAAAAUCAACGAAGAUCCAAAAGACGCCCUUCUCCGGCAAUACCAAGAAGAAAUCGCCCAACUCAAAGCUAUGCUGGAAGGAAAACCGCUGCCAAAUAUGUCUCCUGGUGCAACUAUCGAAUCGUCAGGCGAUGUUAAAGCUGGAAGAACAGAUUCUAGCGUGGAUUUAGACGAAGAAAGAGAAAAAAUACGAGAAGAGCUGAAGCGCGAAUUCGAUUCUGAGUUGAAAAAGCUGAAAUCGGAGGGAAAAACGGAAAUGACCGCAGAUGUGAUUCACAAAUUAGAGGAGCGCGUUGGAGGAGCACUCGUCGGCGGAGAAGACAAAAACAACGAAGAGAAGAAGAAAAAAGUCAAAAACAGGAAGAAAAAAGCUGACGAGCGGAAAGAGCGAAUCAGGAACUAUGCUAACGAUCUUCGCUCAUCUUGGCAAAAUAAGGAUGAUAUGGGAGGCUUGCUACGAGUCUACGACGAUGUGAACGAUCAGGUUCGAAGACAAGCAAUCGUCAUUGAGAAUUUGAAAAUGAGGCUCAAGCAGAAAGACAGCGAAAUCAACGAUCUAAGCAGCGAGUUCCAGGAGACAAAAGAAGAGUAUCUCGACGACAUCCGCGAAGCUACCCGAGAAAAUGACUUGCUAGACGCUCUACUCAGACAAAUACAGCCACUGAUAAGACGAGACUCGAAUUAUUACUCGAUCGAGAAGAUAAAAAGCCAGUGCGUUUGGAACGACGACCAGAAGAAAUGGGUUCUUCCGAGGCCGCAAAUUCUCAACGAUCGCCUUCCACAAAUGAACGGCAAUGCAAGUCGGAGCGUUCCACGAGGAUCGUCAAGAGGGGGCUAUCCUCAAGAACCACCGCCCAGUCGCUCGCAGUCAUAUGGAUCAGUAGAAGACCCGUACAACCAGCGCGCGUAUCAUCCUCAAUACGGAGCAGUUCCGAACUCUUCUAGCGAGUCGCUCUCCUCAAAUGUGGACCCUUUACCGCCGCCAAUGCCCAUCAAAAAGCCUUCAAAACUGAAUCCUCUGUUCAAGUGA